AUGGGAUCUGAAGCAGAGGAGGAGUCGAGCUACAUACCGAAGCUGCCGCUGCUAUCAGUUUCACGUGCACAAUUGCAGUCACCGGAGAGAUCAGGGACGUUAACCCCACCAUUUUACGUGUCAGCAGCCUCGGUCCCAUUUGGCUGGGAAGAGGAACCGGGGAAGCCCAAAUCGUGUACAACGCUCGCCACUUUUUCUUCUACCCCAAAUGAGCCCGCUCAAAAGUGCCUGGAACUUCCUCCCAGGUUGUUGCUGGAUGCCAAGGUCACUAAACUCUCCUCACCCACCACGGUCUUGGAAGGUCCUUACAUGGGCAGGGCUAGGUUUCAGUCUUCUUCUUUCAGGAUGGGAGGUGAGUGUUACGGAUCGUUUCGUUCUGUUGCCAGUGAUAGUCCUGAGAUGCUGCAGCUUGGGACUCUGGUUCUUAGCAAAAGAUGGUACAAAGAGAAAGGGUUUCUUGGUUCUUGGGGGAGAAAGGCCUUCAAGGCUAGACCUAGAAGAGAAGAUUACGUGUUCGCAUCUUCUGGGGAAUACGGAGACGGUGAAUGCAGCAGAGACAGAGGAGGAGGAGACGGCACUGGGAGCAACAGUGUUAAUAUCACUAGAAUUACAAGAAUUGGCAGCUCUCCCAGUCUUUCUCAUUCCAAGUCCCACUUCUGGGGAAGUAUAUACGAAGGUUUGACGCAAGUGGUUCCAUGGAGUAAAAGAGAAAAGAAGGAUAGGUUGCUGUCUUCCAAUCCGCUUGAGGCAGUUGAUACUUUGCCGUAAGUGGAAAUGUGUAAUCAAAGCCCAUUACUGUUUUGUUUCAUCUCUCUUGUUGUGGGGCUGGGGGAUGUUUUGAGCU